CGGGGAAGGAAUGGCGGGCGGGAGGAGGGAGCCCGGGACUGGGGGCAGCAGCGCUUAGACCCCCCCAGGAAGUGUCUCCUUCCUUUCUUCUUCUUAAGGAGAUCCCGUCAAUUAUAUACACGUGCUAGAAAAGCGACCGCAGCCUGCGCCACGGGAUUAAGGUGAGGAUGUUUGCAAUCAACAUUCCUUUCUAUAACACUCGUUUUUUCCACCGCGGAGUGGAAGAGAAUGUGUAGCAUUCCGCUACUCGACAUGCAUCCUUGUCAUCAGCUGCAUGCAGCGCUUUGAAAAUGCGAUUCCAAGCAACGUGCAUUUAGUUCGUAUGUAGGAAUCGGCGCCAUAGGAAUCAGUCCGACUUCUUAUGAUAAAUAUGCUGCUUCGGUAGAUGGUUUGGAGGCACAAAUAGGCAAGCGGCUGCAAAGCCUGAAAACUUAAUACAGCGGCUGUCAGUGGCGCACACGCAAUACGUGUGGAUAAAGCCGAAAGCUAAGAAGCCAGCUUCCAAAAUGAGCGCCUGCUGUUUUACACAGGCUUAUCAUAAACUAGUUACCUGGUGAACAUGCAUUUAGCUACAUGCUAAUUUUCUAGAAAUCUGAGGACUUGCACCCAUCAGAAAUUGUUUGCUGCUGUUCAUGUACAAUGAAUUUGCACUGCAGGAGUGCUGGAACCUUUUUACUACUGUUAUAGAAACACGAAUAGUUAAGCUGAUGGUGGACUGUUUCCAUUUUCUACCUAUUAAAGUAGGGGUAUUGAAGACUGCACCCACAAGCCUUUACGGAAAUUGUUUUUAUAUACAGUACCUGGUGCUAUCUUAUAUCAAAUGGAAUAUUUUCUGUAGUUAAAAACCUACAGAAACCUCAAAUAGAAUCUUGUAUGUACUUUCCAUCUUAAAAAAUGCACAGCUGCAGAAGGAAUCACCAUUCCUUUGUGACAAUUCAUAAGAUGACUCUCUGUUUAACUGUGACUUCUGUCAAGGAAGGUGCUACAAAGAGGUCGACAAGGCCAUGCAUCGUAAUUAUUGGCAUGCUGCAGAGGUGACAAUUCAAAUUUCACUCACAGAAAAGAGGAACUCUACAGGAUAAGCAUAUAUUUAAAUAUAAUGUUAGCUUUUCCAAGGGCACAUUGAUCCAGACCAAGCAAUCAAUACCUUUGAUGAUACCUUGAGCAAAUGCACAUAAUUCUUUCACUUGAAUAUAUCUAGCACGUAAGAAAGUUGGUGCAAUCCUGUGCACACUGGUAACACCACUGACUAUAAAGGGACCUGCUUCCAAAUGACAUGUAUUGAGCCUAUAACCUAUGUGUAUAUAAACUUGGGAGUGAGGAGAAAAGCAGAAGUGGGAUGGUUAGGCCAAACUGAGUUAUGCCCACCUGAAAUGUGGGGUGGUUAUAGGUCUGUCUGAAAAGUGGAAUGGCACCCACCAUAUCCUACCCCACUGGACCCAAGCUCUAUUGAACUUGGUGAAUUUCAGUAUAAACAUGCAUAGAAUUAUGUCUUAAGUAACCAAACUUGUCUAAAGGAUAGUACAGGGUUGGCCUACUGUUUUAUCUUUCAGGUCAUGCAACUAUACAGUGAAAACAGGUGCAACAGGCUGGGUAUGAUCUGAAUUGCUAUUACAAAUAGAAGGCAAGUAGAGCACUAUUAAGGGACAUGGGUGGUGCUGUGGGUUAAACCACAGAGCCUAGGACUUGCCGAUCAGAAGGUUGGCGGUUCGACUCCCCACGACGGGGUGAGCUCCCGUUGCUCGGUCCCUGCUCCUGCCCACCUAGCAGUUCGAAAGCACGUCAAAGUGCAAGUACCGUAUUUUUCGUUCUAUAGGGCGCACCGGCCCAUAGGACGCACCUCGUUUUUUGGGGGGGGAAAUGAAUAAAAAAAAUUAUUUCCCCCCCCUGCCGCCGCCGCGGCUGCCGCCCCAAGCCUCGCGUGCUUCGGGCUGCAGGCUACCGCCCCAAGCCUCGCGCGCUCGGCGGGACCUCCUGCCGGGCGCGCAAGGCUUGCAGACACUCGCCCGAAGCACGGGGAGCCCUCCGGAGGGCUCCCUGUGCUUCGGGCGACAGGCUGCCGCCCCAAGCCUCGCGCGCUCGGCGGGACCUCCUGCCGGGCGCGCAAGGCUUGCGGACACUCGCCGGGGCUGCAGGCUGCUGCCUGCAAGCCUUGUGAGCCCGCGGGAACUCCCACCGGGCUUGCAAGGCUUGCGGAUAGUUUCCUGAAGCCUGGAGAGCGAGAGGGGUCGGUGCGCACCGAUGCCUCUCGCUCUCCAGGCUUCAGCGAAAGCCUGCAUUCGCUCCAUAGGACGCACACACAUUUCCCCUUCAUUUUUGGAGGGGAAAAAGUGCGUCCUAUGGAGCGAAAAAUACGGUAGAUAAACAGGUACCGCUCCGGCGGGAAGGUAAACACGUUUCCUUGAGCUGCGCUGGUUCGCCAGAAGAGGCUUAGUCAUGCUGGCCACAUGACCCGGAAGCUGUACACUGGCUCCCUUGGCCAAUAAAGUGAGAUGAGUGCCGCAACCCCAGAGUCGGCCACGACUGGACCUAAUGGUCAGGGGUCCCUUUAUCUUUACCUUUAGAGCACUAUUUAUGACAAGCAGAUGUCUUGUGGUACCUUAGACUUAAUGUGUAAACACUACUCUUUAAGAUGCUCUAAGGCUUGUUUUUUGUUGUAUCAGACUAACAUGCCUACUCCUUUGAAUAUAUAUGUGCUUUUUUACUACCAAUAUUAAUUGAUGCCUUUAUAUACGACCAAAAAUAUUGAUACAGUACAGUGGUACCUUGGUUUACGAACUUAAUCCGUUAUGGAAGUCCGUUCUUAAACCAAAGCGUUCUUAAACCAAGGCGUGCUUUCCCAUAGCAGCAGGGACUCAAUUUACAAAUGGAGUCAACAGGAAGUGGAACACGUUCUGCUCCUAAGGCAAAGUUCACAAACCAAAACACCUACUUCCAGGUUUGCAGCAUUCUUAAUCCAAGCUGUUCUUAAACCAAGGUACUACUGUAUACGAAUUGGCUAAAAUAAAUGUGUGUGUUUUUUGGUCUCCACAGCUGCAAUUUCAGAGCUCUGCUUUUUGUUAUGUCACAGCCUCAAUACAUAGAAGCAAAAUGCAGAGUACCAAAGCUGUAAGAACUGAUCUUAGCUCUGUGGGAGAACUGACAAGAGGCUGGCAGAGCUGGUCAGAGGUUCAUGCUGAUUAUCAGAGACGGAACCCCUUCAGCAGCAACAAGCCAGUAACUCGGCGUACUGAGAGAGGAGAUCCCACCUAUGGGAGGCCCCCCGAAGGCUCCAAAACAGAACAAAGAGGAAAGGAUGCUCACACACACAUAGGCAAGGAAGUGGAAGAAUUAUGCUUGGUCAUAAGUAAUGUUGGAGAGAGAGGGCAAGAUGGACAAGUAAGAAUAACAUUUAAACAGCUCUUUGACAGAUAUGUAACUAUAUCCAACAAAGUAGUAGGUGUCCUACUGAGGGCAAGGAAGCACGGCCUCGUUGAUUUUGAAGGCGAAAUGCUUUGGCAAGGAAAAGAUGAUGAUGUAGUUAUCACCUUACUUGAAUGAGAUGGUUGGAUAAGCACGAUUUCAUGAUUGCAUUUGGCCACUCCUUUAAAAGCCUUAAUCAACAAUGUCGGCUGGCCAGGAUGUGAUGAAGAAAAUGCUAUCUGGUGGAAACAGGUUAAAAACAAAAAUGAAGUAGAAGUAAUGCAUAUUUAACUUGUGUCCAUUCACUUUUACAUGUGUGAAAAUUUAAAAAGAAAAAAGAAAAUGGAAAGGAGGUGGGGUUAUGGGAGAAAUGUCUUCAGCAAUUCCACCCACCAUUGAAUCCAGUGUUUUGAAUAUACACGAUUUUGGAUUUAGGUGCGAUCCCUGUGCAAGUUGCGGGUUUACGGUACCUGUCAUGUUUUUCCCCUCCAUGGUCAUUGCCUAUACAUUGUAAGUGAUAAGGGCUUAUUAUAAGACAACAGAGUGAUAACUCUUCUGAGUGUACAUGAACUGGAAAUCUGUUUGGCUGCAAAGUGGAUGUAUUUCACAUGAGUCAUGGCACUGGAAAUGUAGAUGCUAAAAAAUGGAAGUGAUGUGAGCACAUUAAAAAUAUUUAGCCUUUUCUUGAGGUAAGUGUUGUUAUACCACCAC